GAACGAGUUUGUGCGAGACAAUGCGGGCAGUUUUGACGUUCUUGGCAUCCCAUGUGUGACAUUAGCUUACAUGCCUCCCUUUCCAUCCCGCAACCUAGGAGCAACCCACCAUGAACUCUCCAAGCUUCCCCUCAAUAUUCAUCGCCUGUCCCUGCAGCGACAACGUCGGACAGCGUACGCCGGCACGACUCCGCAACUCCUCGUCGGCCGCAGACGCCGACUACGCCGAGGAAGAAGAAGACGCCUUCAAUCCACGCGCGGCGCGCUCAACAUUCUCCCUCUUCCCACUCGAAAAUCUCCUCUUCUGCGAAGACUGCAAUCAGGUCCGAUGUCCACGAUGCGUCCUCGAGGAGAUCGUAUGCUACUUUUGUCCGAGCUGCCUCUUUGAGGUGCCGAGCUCCACCGUCAAAUCGGAGGGAAACAGGUGCACGCGCAACUGCUUCUCCUGCCCGGUAUGUACUGCGGCAAUGUCAGUCACGGCCACGGGCGAGGACAGCACCGGGCCGUUUAUCCUGCUGUGUUCCCACUGCCUCUGGUCCUCCGCCGACAUCGGCAUCGAUUUCGAAAAACCCACGUCGAUCACCGUGCAGCUGGCACAGAAGCUCCGGCUCGCCAAUGCCGCGGCGGCUACGCUCUCGUCGCCAGAUAUGCUGUCGGCGAGUUCGAGACCGCUUUCCCCGAUGGGCGCGGGUGGAACGUACCUGCGACCGCCGUCGCCGUCGAUGCAACCGCCCGAUCACCCGGACGACGCCGAGUACAUACGACUCAAGGGGUUCUACAAUCAGCAGAAGGUGCAGGCUAGUACGGAGGACUAUCCUGGUGGCGGAUCUCUCACACGGCUGAUUGGGUUGUACGCUGGAGGGGCUGGCGCAGGGAGGUUACGCGGUUUUGCGGGGAUGGGAGGAGGAGGAGGGCCUAGGGAGGGCACUUCUGCUCGGAAUAAGACUGCGUGGCGGGAGGCGGGCUCGCUGCGGAUUGUGGACGAUGAGUCGGAGCUGAUCGAGCGGAUGCGGGAUGCUGGGUUCGGCGGGUGCACGAGUCAGGCACAGAGGAUUGUUCAGUCGCAUUCACCAAGGCUUCUGGAUGAGCUCCGGCCGCUGGCAGCGUUGCUGCGGACUAAACGGUCGAAGCGGUGCCGAUCGUGUAGACAUAUCCUCGUUAAGCCGGAGUCUAAAGUCGGUUCGAUUAGACAUAGGAUACGACUGGUGGCUAGUUCCUACAUUCCCCAACUCGCCAUCUCCCGUUUGGACCACAACCAAGUAAACUACCACAACCUGCAGCCCGGCGCAACACACCAAUUCCUCCUGGCGGUAACCAAUCCGCUCUACGACCCCAUCAACAUCACGCUCGCAACACCCGAAAAGACCCCUGGACGUUACCCAGCAACAGUGUACAUCCUCUGUCCCGAAUUCGAAGUCGGCGCCAGCACCGACGUCUGGGACGAAGCCCUGGGGCCAGAGGCCAAAGCCAACCCCAAGGCGUCCAAGGGCAAGGGCAAAAAGACGGGCCUCAUGUCGACGAUCUACGACAGCGGUAGAAACUGGACCACUGUGAUCCUCGAGAUCGUUCCGCCAAUUUUCCCCGCCGGUGCCGAGCUCACGGAGGAUGACUACAUCGUCAAGGUCCCCAUCUUGGUGCGCAGCGUGUAUGAAACCGACAUUGAGCGCGACGACGGGAUUACCAAGGAGGGGAGGGAACGGAAGGAACAUUCUUACUGGAGUGUGUUGGAGGUCGGGAGGAUCAAUACUACGCCCAGGAGGGAACCGGUGAUUAAGUCUUCAUGAGCUGGUCAUGAGGCGGUGGGAGUGGCUAGAUUUCGAUUCAUUCUGAUGGCGCUGCGGUGGAAUGGGUUGGGACGGGAUGGGAUGGAGGACGGAGUUUUAAUACCAAUUACUGUUAUGUGCCCCCCCAUUGUUUUUCGGGCCGGUGGAUACUCCAACUUAGAGAUAUGUAGAAUAGAAUAUCCUCCCCAGAGUCCAGCUGUGUCCGGUCAAUGGUCGGUCCGAUUGAGCGAGUACGUACUAGACAUACACUU